UCUCGGAUGGGAAGUAGGAAGUGCUGUACUCACGCUUCCUGUAUAAAUAAAUGCGGCUUUCCCACAGCUACUGCAUACAAGCUGCGACGUGCUUUUAGGAUCUAAUGGCAGCGUGCACUUAAUAGCAGGGAGGGGAUGAUUUCUCGGAGUGGCACAGGGGCUGGGAGACGAGUCCUGCUGCAGUCCUUAAAAGUGUACAGCUGUCAGAUACCCAGAGAAGAGGAAGGGCGUGUGGGAGCAAUCUGCUGCGCUCCUCACUGCGAGCUUCAGGGGUCUGUGACAUCGUGGUGCUUGGGAACGCCGGAGUCUGAGCGCAGCUACUGAAAAGUCACACAGCUGGCAGUGAGUGUGAGUGCUGCUCUCCUUUCAAGGCUGAGUGGACCAUUAAUGACUGAAUGGGCUCUGCUGGGAAGGCUUGUCCUCACACCAUGACAGCAGACGAGUCAGAAGUUGGAGAGUUAGCUCUGGAGCCUCUUCUCACUUGCAAGCUGUGUCUCUGUGAAUAUUCCCUGGAUAAGAUGACCACUCUACAGGAAUGCAGCUGCAUCUUUUGUACCGCGUGUCUAAAACAGUACAUGGAGCUGGCAAUUCAAGAAGGUUGUGGUUCUCCUAUCACAUGUCCAGACAUGGUAUGCUUGAACCAUGGGACCCUACAAGAAGCAGAGAUUGCCUGUUUGGUUCCUGUUGACCAGUUUCAUUUAUACAAGAGGUUGAAGUUUGAACGAGAAGUCCACUUGGACCCCCAGCGAACAUGGUGCCCCACAGCCGACUGCCAAACAGUGUGCCACAUCUCACCAAGUGAGUCGGGAGCACCGGUGCCAGUGGAGUGCCCCACCUGCCACCUGACCUUCUGCUCCUCUUGCAAGGAGGCGUGGCACCUGCAGCACCUGUGCCAGGAAAACCAAACUGCUCCAGUACCAACCGAGCAGGGAUUCCUUAUUGGAGCAGCGACAGAGGCACCAAUUAAGCAGUGCCCAGUUUGUCGGAUCUAUAUUGAGCGAAACGAGGGCUGUGCUCAGAUGAUGUGCAAGAACUGCAAGCACACGUUUUGCUGGUACUGUCUACAGAACUUGGAUAAUGAUAUCUUCUUACGGCAUUACGACAGAGGCCCUUGCAGAAACAAGCUGGGCCACUCGCGGGCUUCAGUGAUGUGGAACAGAACACAGGUUGUGGGGAUCCUCGUUGGACUAGGUAUCAUAGCAUUGGUGACCUCUCCCUUGCUGCUCGUGGCAUCUCCAUGCAUCAUCUGUUGCAUUUGCAAAUCUUGCCGGAGCAAAAAGAAAAAACACAGCCCACCAACAACCUAAAACUCUGUGUCUUUUUGAGUCUCCAUCUGUACAGCAUCUGUAUGUGAGAAAGCACAAUGGUUGUGUUUUGGUGCCAUACCUACCAAAUAAUGCUCCUUUUUAUUUGCCAAUCCUUGAGAUAAGUGCCUAUUCUUUACAGGCUAUCUAACAAGUCCUAGUGGGGGAAAAGUCUAGAUUAUUGUGCAGUACAUAUGGUGUAGGUUUUUGCUUCCUGAAGAGGAAAACAGGACGCCAUUCAGUAGUUCAUAACAUAAAUAUGAUCUACCAUUCAAGACUAAUAGAACAUUCCCAUUUUCCAUCAGCUGCACAUGACUUGAUCCUGCUGCAUUACUCUGUCUUUGCAGAUCCAGUCAUUACUGUCAUGCUUGCUGUUGGUUCUUGACGACACUCAGAUUUCUCACAAAGUUUUGGGUCUUUUAUAAAAGAGGGAGAAGCCUGGUUAGGUUCUUCUGUCUGCUAGCUUGUGUCCCGUUAAAGGUAACAAACCAUUAAGAAAAUAUGUUUGGUAGUUUCCUGUCAAUUGACUACCAUGGCAUUUCUUUCAGCAUUGAAAUCCAUUUGAUUUUUACCAUCGAUCUCAACUACAGAAGUAGAAAAACAACAAAACUGUUUCUAAGAUAGGGCUCUCUUUUGAGAGGCUGCACUACCUUGAGAAAGCUGCUUUUUCUUCACAUCAAACGUGACCUAUGUACCAGGAAAUAUUAGGAAUAUGCAUAAUUCCCUACGAUCGGGCAUGCCUUUUGUCAGUACCAUGGGUGUAGCAAACUCACAGUGAAGGUAAUACUGUAAGAAAGACUGUGAUACCAUUCCCAUUUGUGCAGAGUGUUGGGAUCUUGGCUGUGUGUGUACAGAGUGGCAGCAUGGGUGCAGAUAUACUAAGUACAUAUGGGAAAUGUGUUUUCUAGGCAGUCAGUAUAUUUUUUCAACAGUUUACGUGGGGUGGCAGCAAGAACCCUGUUAAAAAGUUAUUGAAACCAGGCCAAGACAAGCCCUUCUUUAAAACCUUAUGGACCUGCUGAAGUGAAUACUUGAGAAAUGCUGUGUAAAUGUGAGUUCCAUCCAUUGGUGGGUAUUUCUUUUGUCCUGCUCAAGGUUAACAAACUCUGUUACUGAUAUUUUUUAGUUACUCUAAAUCUGGAAGGCUGUCAUUUAGUAAGUGCUUCAUUUUAAUUUGGUGCCUCACCACCAAACCAAUUCAGACCCUGGUAUCAGUUACACCUGAAGAGGUGGAGUUACUCCAGGCUCACUCAGGAGUGGCUGAGAUCAGACUCUUCUCCCUAAAGUUUAUUUCCUUAAUGGAUGGUGCUCCUCACAACUGGGGCCGGUAGCACUUUUGUUCUGGACUCCAGUCUGUGCAUUUUAUAUCUGUGGGAACAGAUACAAGUUUGCACUAUAUAAUUGGUUGUAAUUCCAAACCCCUUUCCAUAAGGGCUGUGAAGUUUGAAGGAGAUGGCUCAGCCCGAGUGUGGUGUCGGGCUCGUGCUCCGCCCAGCUGCCCCUCUCUGAGCACACAGCGCAGGUCACCCAGAGUGCUGCGAGGAGCAUCUGUGUGUGGUGUUUGGCCGAGCCUCAGGAACCUUGCCUUCUUGGCAGCUGUAAAUGUGACCUGUUUUCUGUUUAACUUUGCUCUCUGGUUACUGUAACAGAAGUGGUUGGUGUUCUUCUUCUGAGAAAGUGUAGUCUGUUGAGCAGACUAGCAAGGACAGAGGCCUUAAAUGAUACUGUCUGUUUUACUUUUUAAUUGAUUUCUUUUUUAAAUACUGUCUGACUUUGCUACCAGUCGUGGCUGGAGGGCAGGCAGUGCUCUUCAGUGCAAAAGGCUAUAUUUGUUCUUCAUCCUCAGCUUUGAAGGGAAGCAGAAAGGUAGUCAGUGCAUUCUAAAUACAGAGUGCAAUGCAGGCAACUGCCAUUUAUAAUAAAUAAAGAAUGUUUUCUGUAUGUGUUUUCUUGAAGAGCACUAAUGGUAGUGCUUUGGGGUACUUGUGACAGAUUAAAGUGUCCAGCCCUUGGCUUUGCACUAUUUUUCUACCUAUGUUUUUAUGGCACUACUGUCAUUUCCAUUUUAUUUAUGAACUUGAAGUUGCAAGUCUUACUUUAACGAAGCAUAAAGGACAAAGAUGUAGGAACUGUACAGUCUCUUUGACCAUAACCAGCAUUGCAAUGCACCAAUAUCUUUUGCGUGUUAAAAUUUGAGAGUUUUUCAUGUUUUGUGAUCUUGCCCAUGACUGAUGCAUCCUUUGCUAGUCUGGUUUCUUUCCUUGUCCUCUUCCCUCUUUCUGCUGGUCUGUUUUUGCUAAAAUGCCUAUUGGAAUGAAAGUGUCUGAUUUUUUUUUUCAUUAAUACUGUUGUGUUAAUGAAACUGCCAGGUUCUUCCCUCUGUUAAAGAAAUGCAGCUAAAGGCAGCUCUCUUGCAUCAGUUUAGAUGCCUGGUGGGGGUACCAAAACUGGUAUAAAUUAAUCAUGCAGGAGUUAACACAGCCUGGCAGUCUCAGUCCCAGUCCAGGCAUCUAAAAAGUCUGGAUGUGGAUUGGUAGCCCAGACUUUAGCUGGAGGUCUUUACACAAAAACUGGAUAAGGAGAGCAUGAGCUACAGGCACUCCUUCCUUUGGCUGUGUAGGUGCAACAAAUGGACCAAGAAGGAAGCCCUAGACACUUUAGAGCUUAAAAUUAAGGCUUUACAACAAUGAUUUUCUUUAAAAGGCCGUGUCCAGUGCCCCAUGUAUCCUGGCUUUUCAUUGCAUGGGAAUAGUUGAGCAUAUGCAUUAAGUAGACCCUGACCUGGCCGAGUCGAGCAGUAGCUGUGCAGAGUGCUGGGAGCAGUAAAGCCCCGUUGCUUUGUUUUCCAGAAUGCAGCUAUUUUUGCACCAACUGGCUAUGCUCACAGAGUUUCCAAAGAAACAUUUUAGCAGGAAUCUUUUUACAGUGUUGGCUUUUGCUUUUGUGUUGCUUUUUUUUUUUUUUUUUAACUUUAUAAGAAACAUUAAAGUCACUUUAUAAAAGAUUUAUUGCAAGCAUGACAAAUAAUACUAGUAGUAAUUAGGGAGAAAGAAAAAAACCAGGACUGACGACUACAUGGGACUCUUCUUAAUCAAUAUAUCUGUAGAUCCACCCUCCUGAACUCCAUCAGUAUGAUGUUAUUUGGUGCAUGUUACUACCAGGCUUCACUGCUCUUCCCAUCUCUGUUCUUGCCCCUGUGGUAGGUGGCUGGCGUGGGGGCAGCAGCCAGGGGCGAGCUCAGGGCUGUAGCAGUGCAGGUACCACACAGGAGCACAUUGCCCACCCUGGAAUCAUCACCAGUUUGUUCUUGGGCCUUUAACCACUGAGAGACACCUUGGGGGUUUUAGGCAUUUAAUGUUACAUUGAGAGCAUUCACAGAUGUCUCUCUUGGAGAACAGAAGUGGGAAGUACUUCAUUCCUUCUGAACCAGGAGCAUUCAGGCCUUAUGAAAAUUGGGCUCUAGGUGUUUAAAGGUCAGUUCUCAACCUAAGAGAGCAGUGCUAGAAAUCUGGAUUUGUACUGCAUCUGGCCACAAAUCUCCAUGGCCACAUAUCACAUCAUUUCCCAUCAGUCACUGGGUCUGUGUUAAAUACAGCUGAAGAUCCCAUUCAGCAUUCCAUGUCCUUGUGUUAAAAUGAGGAUGAUGACACCUCUUCCCAAAUCCAUCUCUUAAUAAAAAGAUAUUUGUCAUGCUACAGCAUAAGUGCAUCUCUGCAGUAUUUACUCCAGAACUAUGGUAGGUGUUCAGUCCUGCCCUCCAGUAAGUGAUGGUUUAUUUUUGGUGCAUGGAGUUACUUACCCCAAAGAGCAGCAUGAGGGAUAACAGUAAUGAAUGUUUCUCCGUGCUUUAAUGAUGCUAAAUGCUACGUCUUGUUGUCUGUCCAGUAACACAGCAUGAUGUCCCAAGACAAGUUUAAAAUGUACACAAAUUUUACUUGAAUGAGCUAAGAAAAACUGGAUAUUGCCUCCGUAUUUGCAUGAAUAAAUAAAUACAGGUGGACAGAAACAACUGCAUUUCCACAAUGGGACAAUAAAAUCAACUUUAGGCUGCUCUGUUCUCUGGUACCACAAUGGGUGGUUGUGCUGUAGUGCCUGCCGCUUUAAAAAUUUGAAAUGUGUUUUGCACUGUAAUCUUCUCCCAGUCAUUCUUUCUCAAACUAAUUCCUUUUAUGAUCAUAUUUUUCAUCCUGUAUUUCCAGCCAAAGAUUCUUAGAGCAAAGUUAGUAGAUUUCUUUGUAUGAGGAUAAAAAUCUUGCAACCAUUUCUCCCAGGUUUUAAUAAGAAAUUUGAUGCUGAGAUACCUGACCAAAGAUAGAAAUUCCAGACUUGGCUUGUUUAGAAAAACCUAUUGAGACUUUAGAAGUUCUCUUGUAAGUUCUAAAUAAGGACUGCUUUGUUAGAGCUCAUAGGUAAGGGAGCCUUACAACUUCUGAGCUUCACAGAAGAGAUGCUUCUAUUGUUAAGCAGACUUCGGACAUGUGCUGGGAAAAAAAUU